CUUAGCAGGUGGGAAAGAGGAAGGGGGAGGCAGCUUGCCUCUGGUCUGACAGCCAGGGACAACUGGCAGCCGCUGCUCUUCAGAGGCAAAAUAGCCAGGCAGCAGGAAAAGACUGAAGGAACCAUGGCCCAACAUGAAGAGGACGAAGACAUCACCCUGGGGAAGAUGGACUCCCGGGACCCCCUCACCAAAGAGAUCGAUUUGGUGGAAAGAGACCCCAAACAGAUCAACCAAGAUGUGGUCAAGAUAGACUUUGAAGACGUGAUCGCCGAGCCGGAGGGCACCCACAGCUUUGAUGGGGUGUGGAAGGCCAGCAACACCACCUUUACGGUCAGCAAGUACUGGUGCUACCGGAUCCUGUCGGGGGCGCUGGGCGUGCCCCUCGCCUUGCUCUGGGGCUUCCUCUUUGCCUGUGUCUCCUUCUGCCACAUCUGGGGGGCCAUGCCUUGCAUCAAGAGCUACCUCAUCGAAGUGCAGUGCUGUGGGCGCUGCUAUGCCCUGUGUAUACGUACCUUCUGCGACCCACUCUUUGAAGCGGUGGGGAAGAUCUGCAGUGAUGUCCGGGUGGCCCUGCGCAAGGAGCGUACCAAGGACUGAGGUUCCCUUCCGGACCAGGAUCAUCUUCCUCUCUUUCUUUCCCAGUGUUGGGCUAGGAUCCAACCUCAGGUCCUGUUCUUUGAAGCUACACAUGAUGACAGUGGGUGCCACGUACUCCCUUGUCCUCAUAAAUAGCUAUAUUCUCCUUUAAGACACUGGUGGCCUGAGCUGCACCAUCCUAACUACAUUGACAACCAGCAGAACCUGGUGUAAACAUCUUCCACAAUCCUUCCCGGAAUAAGCCGCUGUAAAAAAAGUCUCAAUCCUGUUCCUUUCAUGCAGGCUUUGAACAGGUCUUCUAAGUGGGAUCAGACCCCACACACAACUCCUAAGUGUGUCUUCCCUCCAACCACUCUAAAUAGUGCUUACCCAUCUAUUUCCUUAGGUAAUAAUUUCAUAGAAGGGGGUGUUUACAGACCCAAGGCAUUUUUUUCUGAUACUGGAACUGUCUCAUUAUAUACCCAAUGAUUUUUCACUCCUACAGCUGAUACUGUCAUCCACCUUGCUAUAGCAUACCAUUGGAAUAACAUCCUUGUUAAGGAAGGAUUUCACGGCAAGGCUACCCAAUUAACACUGUUCUGUCCAGUAAGAUGUACGGCUAGCAUUGCUAUGGCAAUCAAAUCCUUAUUAAAGAUGUUUGUUUUUUUUUUCUCCUGAGGGUGAACAUAAGGUUGGUCUCUGUCUGUAUCAACCAUAGCAUCCAACCUACACUAAGAGAUAUGCAGUUAGGUUGUCCUGGUAGCUUUACUCCAGCUCCGAAGAAGACAAUCAAGUGCAGAACUGUCAGCCUGCUGCAAGGCCUUCCAUUAUGCUCACAAUUUGGGGUGUGAGUGCUAUUCACAGUGGGCCUAGCACUCCAUCAUAAUGUAUUUUACUAUUUUUUUUCACACCUGCACAACUUGGAAAAUAAACCCCACUAUUAAGCAUGUGCAAUUUUAAAGUUUAAAGAAAUUGUCUUCAAGAAAUAAAUAUUUUGAUGGGUUGCUAUGAGUUUUCCGGGCUGUAUGGCCAUGUUCCAGAAGCAUUCUCUCCUGACGUUUCUCCCACAUCUAUGGUAGGCAUCCUCAGAGGUUGUAAGGUCUGUGGGAAUGAGGCAAGUGGUGUGUGUGUGUGUU